AUGGCGCACGUGAACGACGGUCGGUACGCCAGUACGCCAAGAGAACGAGCCAAAAGAGAGCUCGUAGACAGAUUGGUGAGUCUGGAGAAGAGGCAACGUGAGGAUGAGACGACCGGGCUGGAUGCGGCAGAUAUCGCUGACUGGGGUCGAGGAGUUCUCCGGGGACAAUAUCUGCGGGCGUGGCAAAAAGUGAUUGCGGCUCAGCCCAGCUGGGUGUGGGAAAACGAAGACGAAACACCGGAGGAUGAGAAGUCCGAUGCAAGUGAUCUGGAGGACAUGGAAAUUGGGGACGGUGUCCUGCGUGCAGCGAAAGCUGCUUUGGUUCGGUUGUGGCGACAUGAGGUUGCAGAGAAUGACCCAGAGCUCACUCAACGACAGCUGGGAGGAAGACAGGGCGCCUACCUGCGCGGUUUGGCAAACUUCUCCUGGCGCGAUACGUUGGACGAAGCUCGGCGUCGUUUGGGCCUAGUCGCAUGGAAGCGGUGGGUGGAACAGGUUCGGAUUAUGCAAGGUCCGCGCGAUCCAUAA